ACAUAUGCUAGUAUUUACAUAUCAGCCUGAUUGUGCCUCAAAGUGACAUUUAAUGUUUAAAUGUUCGCACUUGCCCCAGCUAUUAAAUGUGGGUGCCAAAACAUGCCAGCAAAAUCAGAGGCUGAGCUGAAGCCUUUUUAAGUCUGAAUCAAACUUGGGUGCAUGCCUACAUUUAGGCAACCAAAUACAUGUGGCCUGAUUGUCAGAGGUGUUCAGCAGCUAAAACUCCCAUCAAUCUUGGUGGGAGUUUUGGGUGCUGAUCAUCAUGCAGAAUCAGGCACCUUCGUGAGGAUGAGAAUGCCUAAUUGUAGGCACUGUAUUUGAAAAUUUUUGCCUCUGUGACUUGCUGAAGGUUACAUACUGAAUCAGUGAUAUUAGAGAUCAGGAGUUUACAGUUCACAGUCUUCAGAAUAUUUUGUACUAUGCUUAUUUACAAAGCAAGCUGUGAAAGAAGUGAGUAAUUCUCAGGAUAAUGUAUUCCUGUGACUAAUAAUUACGAUAAAAUCUUAGCUAGAAAUAGAAACAUGGCAUGAGCUGAAACACAAAUGGAUGGGGCUGCCUGAAGGAGCCGUACUGCUAUUAGAUUUAUGCAUAAUCAGCUUGUAAGUAGCCUGGAAAGUACCAUGGUGUUUACACCAGCCUGCAGGGGCUGUGACAUGCAUAUUUGAUUUAGAAUUAUUUGUUUGCCAUGCGUGAAUUAACAUAGGAAUGUUAUAAAAAACUUCUAAAUGCUGUUUUAAAUGAGUGUGACUCCACAAUGCCUUCUGGAGAAGGCAGCUAUGAGAUAAUUAUAAGGAGUAAAGAAGCAAACAACUCUUAUCUUCUGUUAUCAGCCCAGCCACAGCCUUCCUCUAUUCAGUUCUUGCAAAGUUCACUUCAGCCAUGUUGUGUCCCACACAAAGACUGCCUUUUUUUGCUGUUCAGACCAGUUCCAUUGUCUUUUAGAAAGCCUUUUUCAGUAAAGAAGCACUUAUCAGAGCUGAUACAUAGAGGAGGCCUGGAUGUGAUGGAGCUAUAGAGGGAAUUGGUGCUGCUCUCAUUACUUUGCAACUUCAUUUCUUCAUCCAUUCUUCAUCUCCGUCAUGCUCUAGUAUGGAUCUAAGGACAUGGAUUUGCACAGCUCAGUUGAAACACCUGAUAAAGUGAAGGCUGAUGCUCCUGUAUAUGCCGGUAAGGAAGAAGACAUAAAACAGUCCCAAAGAAUAACAGCUAGUGUGCAUGACAGAGAAGUUGUCGUUUUCUACCAUGAAGGGAAAUUUUAUGCCAUGGACCGUUACUGUUACCAUGCAGGAGGUCCUUUACAUCUUGGAGAGAUAGAGGAUGUCAAUGGACAGCCCUGCAUUAUUUGCCCUUGGCAUAAGUAUAAAAUUACUUUGGCAACAGGAGAAGGAUUAGAUCAAGCCGUAAACCCUACAGAACCAUCAGCAACACCAAAAUGGCGAUCAAAAGGAAUAAAGCAAAGAACUCACAAGGUUACUGUAGACAAUGGAAGUGUUUAUGUGACUCCUUCUGACUUAUCUAUCAGCUGUGACUCUGAUUACUAUGCUGAUAAGUACAAAAAGACUGGAAGUUCUGAUAUGAAAAAAUAAUGCACAUCCUGAACUUCAAAAUCAGUGGCCAUAAUGCAAAAUAUCAGUGUGUGUGUGUACAAGGCAUCAUCAGUAUAUCAGGAUGAUAUGCAGAUUUUUUCUAGAUGUUAAUAUAAUGAAAUACCAGUGUUAAUCUUAUUGCUAUUGGAGCAUUAAGUAAUGUAGAAAUGAGUAAGAUCAUAAACAAAAGUUCAAGACCCUCUUUAGAAUGAGUUAGCAUUGUGCCAGUGCAGUUUUAUAUUUGUCUUUAAUAAAAUACAAGUUUAAUGUA